ACAUUUUCAUCUCCUUCUUCGAGAAAACAAAAUAAAAUUAAAAAAAAAAAAAUGAAAAGCUUCCCAAUUCUCACUUGUCUCAUCUUCUUCCUACUCACAAACCCCACUGCAACUGAAACCUUCGGAGUCGGCGUCAAUGGCGGAGUCGCCGUCAAUGGGGGAAUCGGCGUCGGGAUCUCUAUCGGCAACGGUGGUGGGCCAGGCGUAUGGAUUGGCGGAAACGGUGGAAAAACGCCAUCUGGGCCUCCGACGCCGAGGCUGAACAGAGGCUACGCCGCCCUCCAAGCAUGGAAAUCCGCCAUUACAAGUGACCCACUUGGAAUUUUGAGCAGUUGGGUCGGCCCCAAUGUGUGUUCUUACAAAGGGGUUUUCUGUGCACAAGUUCAAGACGAAAUGACGUCGUCCCCCGUCGACAUUAUCGCCGGAAUCGACCUCAAUCACGCCAAUCUAGCAGGUACUCUCGUGAAUCAGCUCUCUUAUCUCACGGAAAUCACUCUGUUUCACCUCAACUCCAACCGAUUUUCCGGCACCGUUCCCGACACCUUCCGACAAAUGUCUUCCCUCCAAGAACUAGAUCUUAGCAACAAUCUUUUUUCCGGUCCUUUUCCAAUUACCACAUUAUAUAUUCCGAAUCUCGUCUAUUUAGACCUGAGAUUCAACGAUUUCUCCGGCCCAAUUCCAGAAGACAUCUUCAAUAAAAAACUCGACGCCAUUUUCCUCAACAACAACCAUUUCGACGGCGAACUACCACAGAAUCUGGGGAAUUCCCCUGCUUCUGUCAUUAAUUUAGCUAACAACAAGCUGUCUGGGAAUAUCCCAACUGGGUUCGGGAUCUUGGGUUCAUCACUUAAAGAAAUCUUGUUCUUGAACAACCAAUUAACUGGUUGCAUCCCCGAAGGAAUCGGGCUUUUCUCAGAAAUGCAAGUGUUCGAUGUUAGUUUCAAUUCAUUGAUGGGUCAUUUGCCUGAUACUCUGUCCUGUUUGAACGACAUCCAAAUUCUAAAUUUCGGCCACAACCGCCUUUCCGGUGUUCUUCCCGAUUUGAUCUGUUCGUUGAAAAGCUUGGUGAAUCUGACGGUUUCUUUCAACUUUUUUUCCGGAGUUAGCCAAGAAUGCUCGCAUCAUUUUCUGGGGAAUUUGGGAUUUGAUUUCUCAGGAAAUUGCAUUCCUGGAAGGAACAUGCAGAGGCCUCCGCCUGAAUGUUCUAUGAUUCCUGGUGGGAGUUUGAAUUGUCUGAGGUUACCUCCUGUCGUGAAGCCUCUUGUCUGUGGAACACUGGCUGAGACAACAGACAGUGAUCAUCCCAGCUCGUCGCCGCCAUGAGAAAAAAAACGAAUUUUUGUGAUGAGUUUGUCAUUCAUUCAACACUGAUUAAUGAAAUGUUUUGGCUAAUUUGUUCGCCGGCGAGUUU